GCGAGCCGCUUUUAUCCGUACGCCGACCUUCCCCGCCGUUGCUCGUGUCCGUCGUGCACGUGCGUCUCGCGUCGCGCUAAGUCUCUUGGCGUCGCUGUGAAGCAUCCGCUAAGCGCCCGUUAUAAGCACGAGCCUGUAUCGCGCCGCGGAACGCGAAGCAAGCGUCCGCCUUUGUCGCUCUCCGCCAAGUGCUCGCUAACUGCUCAGUUCUCGUUCCUUUUGCGACAUAUCGUGCUUAUCGUAACCAACUGGUAACCAGGUGGUUACCAUUUCCAGCCUGUCGUUUCGCCGCCCUCGCUGCUAUUGGUAGGCGCGACUAUUAGUUCCCCUAGUAGGGUGCGGUGCGAUGUUGCAAAGACCGACUUAGUUCCACUUUGUUGCUGUCAGGUCGACUCGAGAGUCGCAUAAGUCACCAGGGCCCAGGGUGCAACUUAGUGACCGAAGUACAACUCAGUCGCUUGUCAUUAGUGCGACUUAGUUCCAGGGUUCGCUUUCACCCCGUGAAACACGGCCGAGUCUGCGAUUGGGUUGGUGCCCCUGAUUCUCGAGACCGAGUCCGUGACUGAUGCGGCAUUCCUUGGAAAAGGCUUCUGACGCGACUUUAAACGAAGGCUGGGAGGAGGCUGCUGAGACGCCUCCUAGUCUGAGACUUGCCUCCAAAUGGGUCGGUCGCGGGGAGCUGGGGAGGAGGACCACGCCCCCAGUGGCGGCUCCAGGCCCAAGCGUCGCCGUUAUGCCACCACAAGUUGGCAAGACGCCGUGGGGGGGGGGAACACCGGGGGAGGCACAGGGGUAGGGGGAGAAGGGGCGGGCGCAGUAGCAGGGGGAGGGGGAGGGGGAGGAGGAGGGGGGGUGCGGAAGGGGGUGUACCACUGCAACUACUGCCACAGGGAUGUGACAGGGGAGGUGCGGGUGAAAUGCGCUUCAUGCGUGGACUUUGACUUGUGUGUGGAGUGCUUCUCGGUGGGGGCUGCCGUGCACCCCCACAAGUCCAACCACCCAUACCAUGUGAUGGACACGAUGAACUUCCCGCUCAUUCAUGAAGACUGGAGUGCGGAUGAAGAGAUGCUGCUGCUGGAGGCCCUUGAGAUGUACGGGAUGGGCAACUGGGCGGAGGUGGCGGAGCAUGUGGGGUCAAAGAGCAAGGCCCAGUGCCACGACCACUACCUCUACGACUACCUGCUGUCACCAUGCAGCCCUCUUCCUGACCUGGCUUGCCUGCGCACCCAAGUGGACACGGAAGCAGCCAAGGCGGCAAUGGAGGAAGGGGAGGCAGCAGAGACUGCAGCAAGGGCGCAGGAGGCAGCACAGAUCAGCAUUCCCAUGGUCAAGCCAGAGCCCGGCAGCAAAGCCGACGACACAAGCGCAGCUCCCAUAACCAGCGGUUACAACGCAAAGCGCAACGAGUUUGACCCGGAAUACGACAACGAGGCGGAGGCUCCCCUGGCAGAGCUGGAGUUCAAAGACUCGGACUCGAGUGUGGACCGGCAGCUGAAGAUCAAGAUGCUGCACAUCUACUACUCCAGGCUUGAGGAACGGUCUCGCCGCAAGGCGUUCAUAUUGGAGCGUGGGCUCCUGGACCCGCGGAGAGUGGACGGAACGAUACGGCCAGAAUCGAGCAACGCCAACAGCAGGGAGAGGACGGAUGAAAGCACGAAAGAAGGGGGCGCGGACAGACAAGGCGGAACCGAGGGAGGGAUGGGGGGAGAGAAGGGGGAGAGGGGAGGGAAGCGCGGAGGCGGAGGGGAGAGGAGGCGGUCGCGGGAGGAGCGGGAGAUGUUUCUGCGGUGCCGGGUGUUUGCACGGUUCUUGAGCCCUGAGGAGCACGAGGGGUUGGUGCAGAGUUUGACCCAGGCGCAGAAGCUCAGAGACAGAGUGGCUGUGCUGCAGGAGCUGAGAGCAGCGGGGUGCAAGUCUCUAGCUGAAGGCCGUCGGUUCAUCCAGGCUCAUUACAAGGACAACCCCGCUGCUGCUGCUGCUGCCAUCGCGUGCCUUCCGCCUUCUGCCACAGCCAUCAGCACAUCAUCCCCAGCAGGGGGCCCCUCCUCAGCCGCUCUUGACAUAUCCUCUCACCCUGGAUGCGACCUGCUAUCAGCUAAGGAGCUAGAACUCUGCACACACAUGCGACUGCUGCCAGGACAUUACCUCCGGGCCAAGCAGGUUAUCCUCCAGCAGGCUGCCACCUCAGGAGGCUCUAUUUCACGGGCAGCUGUGCAUAAACUCUUCAGACUGCCCCCAGCCACCACUGACGCCAUCUUCAGACUCAUGGUGGGAGCUGGCUGGAUAGCAGAGGCUGGGGGGGGAAGUACCACUGGUGGAGGGAUGGGAGGUGGGAUGGGAGGUGGGAUGGGAGGUGGGAUGGGAGGUGGGAUGGGAGGUGGGAUGGGAGGAACAAUGGUGAAGCAAGAAGGGAUGUGAGGAUAAAAUGCCUUCAGCCACCAGUGACGCAUUUUUUAGACUCGUGGUGGGGGCUGGCCGGAUAGCAGAGGCUGGGGGGGGAAGUGCUGGUGGGGGGAUGGGAGGGAUGAUGGUGAAGGAGGAAGGCAUGUGAGGCUGUAUCCUGAUCCACAGACUCGCAGUUUGGGCUGGGACCUUUGAAGCAUGAAGGGAGGGAUAGGAGGAGUUGUGGGGAUGGGAGGCGGAGGGAGGGACGAAUGGUGAUGUCAGUUUCUCUGACCAUUUCUGCACUGGUGGCGUUCUCGUACCUCCAAACUUGCACCAGUUACGUUGCAAUUGCAGCCUUGAGGUGUCGUCUGAGCUUCGUUGUCUGUGGUCACAUCACAAACAAGCUGUCAUAUCGUAAUCACCUGGAUAGACGCCCCUAGGGGCGUUUACUAGACUGGUUUGAAAACGUGGGGGGGCGUUUAAUUGAAUAAAAAAUAUAAGCCCAUGGGCGUUUUAAAGGGAUUAUAUGGAAAAUUAAAGUUUGACAUCGACAUGUAGCUGCUGGUUUGUCGUGUGCAAUGGGACUAAUUUUAGGCGAGGAUUAAAAGUCAAUCGCGUUGGAAGUCCAGUCAACGAGGUGCCAGGCUGGAAACUUCCUUUUCUGAUACGAAUCGUGCUGGCGCGAGGUGCAGGGCUGACGUUUCAAAAAAAGGCACUCUGAGCUGACCCCCCCCAAAAAAAAAAAAGUCUGAAUGGCCUUCAGACAGAAUUUAGGGACUCUGAAAUGUCAGAGUCCAGAGAUGUGCAACUCUGAAAUUCUCAGGAUCGCGCAAAUGUAC